CCUCGGGCACGCCCGCGCCUUCCGCCGGCGCAGAGUGGCGCUCCCGGGGGCCCCCAGGGCACCCCAGCUCGGGAUGGGCGCCGCGGCUGGAGCGGAGUGGGCUGCUCCGUAUGGGGUUUGCGUCCGUGGGGUGCUCAGGUGUCACGGGUCUCCCCGCUGACCGAGAGCCGGAUCCCCCCGCGCAGACCGCCAGGACCCCCAUUUCCGCAAGAAUGGCCCAGAUAUCCCAAGUGCAGGAACUCUUCCACGAGGCAGCCCAGCAGGGGGCCCUGGCCCAGCGCCAGCCCUGGUGGAAGAGCCCACUGUUUGUGUGGGAGCCAGUGCUGUUCGGGACCUGGGACGGUGUGUUCACAUCCUGCAUGAUCAACAUUUUUGGGGUUGUUCUUUUCUUGAGGACCGGCUGGCUGGUGGGAAAUACCGGCGUGCUCAUGGGCAUGUUCCUGGUGUCCUUCGUCAUCCUGGUGGCCCUGGUCACCGUGCUGUCUGGCAUUGGUGUCGGGGAGCACUGUGGUGCUGGCAGCGGUGGCGUGUACUCCAUGAUCUCCUCGGUCCUCGGCGGGCAGACCGGGGGCACAAUCGGGCUGCUCUACGUGUUUGGACAGUGUGUUGCAGGCGCCAUGUACAUCACCGGCUUCGCCGAGUCCAUCUCAGACUUGCUGAGCCUCAGGAAUAUCUGGGCCGUGCGAGGAAUUUCAGUUGUGGUGCUCCUGGCCUUGCUGGGCAUUAACCUAGCAGGUGUCAAAUGGAUCAUCCGCCUCCAGCUGCUGCUGCUGUUCCUUCUGGCCGUGUCCACGCUGGACUUUGUGGUGGGCUCUUUCACACACCUGGAUCCAGAACAUGGUUUUAUUGGGUAUUCCCCGGAACUGCUACGGAACAACACACUGCCAGAUUACAGCCCUGGGGAGUCCUUUUUUACUGUCUUUGGGGUGUUCUUCCCAGCAGCUACAGGAGUCAUGGCCGGCUUCAACAUGGGGGGUGACCUGAGGGAGCCCGCUGCCAGCAUCCCCCUGGGCUCCCUAGCAGCCGUUGGCAUCUCGUGGUUUCUGUACAUCGUCUUUGUCUUCCUGCUCGGCGCUAUCUGCACCCGAGAGGCCCUUCGCUAUGACUUCCUGAUAGCAGAAAAGGUGUCCCUAGUGGGCUUCCUGUUCCUUUUGGGCUUAUACAUCUCGUCCCUGGCCUCCUGUAUGGGAGGGCUCUACGGAGCCCCCCGGAUCCUGCAGUGCAUUGCCCAGGAGAAAGUGAUUCCUGUACUGGCCUGUCUGGGGCAAGGGAAAGGGCCAAACAAAACACCUGUGGCUGCCAUCUGCCUGACCAGCUUGGUGACCAUGGCCUUUGUCCUUGUGGGUCAGGUGAAUGUCCUGGCCCCCAUUGUCACCAUCAACUUCAUGCUGACAUACGUCGCAGUGGACUACUCUUACUUCUCCCUGUCCGUGGGUCCCCGCAGCCUCCCCCAGGAGCCUGAGGCGCUGCACAGGGAGGGCACGGGAGCUCUCUGCUGCUCUGAGCACCUGCUCUUGGAGAAGGCUUUCAGCUAUGGCUCUGAGGGCACUGCCCCGAGCCUCUCUGAGGGCACGCUGCUGGAAUUCACCAGGGACAUGGAUCAGCUCCUGCAGCUGACCCGGAGCCUUGAGAGUGGCCAUCCCAGGAGAGGAGAGAGUGAGAAGGGGAAAGGCAAGAAGGCCCCCAAGCAAACACUACAAGACAGCUUCCUCUUGGACCUUGAGUCCCCGGCUUUCUUCCCUGCUGAGGACUCCGACGGAUUGCCCACUGCCUCCGGGACCAGGCAGAAUGCCGAGAGGGAAGGGGCUCGGCCUGGGGGAGCAUGUGGAGAACAGCUCUUUCUGGAGCUGAGUAACCAGCUUAGGCCAAGUGGAGAAGAUUUCUUCCUAAAGUCCAGGCUCCAGGAACAAAAUAUCCAGAGAAGACCAGCUUCUUUGUAUACACACAUGUGCAAUCCCUGGGUCUCCCUGUUAGGGGCUGUCGGGUCCCUUCUCAUCAUGUUUGUGAUUCAGUGGGUCUAUACCCUGGUUAACAUGGGUGUUGCUGCCAUUGUGUAUUUCUACAUUGGUCGGACCAGUCCAGGGCUUCCCCUUGGAUCAGCCUCCAACUUCAGCUUUUUCAGAUGGAUGAGGUCUCUCCUGAUGCCCUCCUACAGGAACUUGCGAUGCCCCCAAGAGCAGAUAAUUUUGGCACCAUCCCUGGCUAGGGUUGACAUGGAGAUGACUCAACUCACCCAGGAGAAUGCAGAUUUUGCCACUCGGGAUCGCUGCCACCACGCCUCCCUGGUGAGCAGGGAGCUGCUGAUGCCUCAGUAUUAGAGUACUCAGUACUCGGCCCCCCAGGACGUUCCUCUCUUGAAGCUGUCCAGUGCACAGUGGACUCAAAUCCCAGAACAUUUGUGGAGCUGGUUCUGCUCAGAAAGGAACUCAAAGACCUGGCCUCCCACUGCCAUUUUGGACAAUGCAAAUGUGCAUUCUGGUCUGGAGCACCACAGCUAACCAGGGUGGCCACUGGGAUGGUGGUGGCCCCUGCAACAUGCAUUCAUUCUGAAGAGCUCCACAUGGACACCACGACUUGCAGGUGUGGAGAACCAGAGCAGAUGGCUUGUUCUGAGAGCCACAAUAAAUGGUUAUUAUUUUAAAUUU